AUGUUACGCCGGUUUUUGAACCAGAUUCGAUUAUAUAGUCACAAGGCCGACCCCACCGCAGCCUUCGAUUUCAUACCAGCAAAUAGCUCCGAUCUGCCCGAUAUUGUCGACUUAUGCACAAACAGCUUCAUAAAAGAGGAGCCUCAUACAAGAGCCUUGGGUGCGACACCUGAGAAUUCAAGGAAUGUUUUCGAAUACAUCACCGCAAAAGCUCUACAUUAUCCUUACUCAUAUCGAAUACACGAAAAGGGAACCAAAAAUUUGAUAGGCUUUCGCCUUCUAUCUGUUGGACAUAGAGAUCACAGCCUGGACGUUGAACCAAUUCCACUCGAAAUUCCCACGGAGCCAGGAAAAGUUAUCCGUCGAGAAAUUACUUACGUAGUGGGAAGGCAUCAGCGAAAAGGCAUUGCUAACUACCUGUUGCAUCUUGGACUGGACUUUGAAAAAUUGAAGAAACAAGGAAUCUUAGGAAUAAUGUCCGAAGCGUCAUCGCUAGCCAACCAGACACUCCUAACAAAACAUGGCUACAAAUGUGUUUACAGGCCGAAAUAUGAACUUGCAAUGCACGAUGGAACCAAGGGCAUUAUGGUUUUUUUCAAAGACCUACGAAAAUGA